AUGCCUGAACCUUCGUGCUUAACCCCAAUCAAACAUCUAUGUGUAUUCAGUAUUGCCUGUUACUUUACAGUUCUACUUCUAUCCCGUAACCGACCCAGCAUUUACGUUUACAAAUUUAAUGUUGUUUCGGUGAAAAACACAUCCACUUCGUUGACAAACACCGCAGUCUAUGUGGAACUGAAAAUCCAGAAUGAGAACUCCUGGACAGGCGUUUACUACGAGGAUCCUCUAAAUCUCACCAUCACUUAUUUGCAAUCAACCAUAUCAACAGGCAGCGAUGUUAUCAUCGGCCGAUGUGCCAUUAAUGGGUUUUAUCAAAGGAAUGGAGAGGUUAGCCAUAUCCAAGCAUCUGUGGUGAUUCAAGACUUGUUUUCAACGAGUGAACACCGAAGGAGACUGGGUGAGACGAAUGUUUCCCUGUAUGGUCCAGCAAAAGCGGUUGAUUUCGUUGUAGAUUUGGAGGCCGACAUAAAGUUCAGGUCGAUUGAGAACCAAAAGUCUCAUCUGGCGAUGCGAUCUGUUGUGGAAGUUAACGACAACACUUGGAUGUCUGCUCUACGGACCAUUCAAAUGAAAUAUUCUUCUGGAUCGGAUAAGUGGGGAGUUUGGCGAUGGAUAGUUGUAGUGCCUUUGCUUAUUUUGUUACAUGUUGUUUUAAGUCUCGCUUGGAUGUUAACUUUCAAUCUUUUGGAAUUUUUUCUUUUUUUGUAA